GAUAACUUCCGUAAAACGAAAGCCAGCUGUCAGGAUGGUUGCACGACUGUUUCUGUUGUUUUUAUUUAUUUUUGUCAUAAAUGCAGCAAAUUUGAAGCCUAGAUUUGAGUAUAAAUACAGUUUUAAAGGACCACAUCUAGUGCAAAGCGAUAAUAGCAUUCCUUUCUGGGAAUACGGUGGAGAUGCCAUUGCAAGUGCAGACAACAUCAGAAUAACACCAUCACUACGUAGCAAGAAAGGAUGGGCAUGGUCAAAAAACCCUAUCACCUUUGACCAGUGGUCAGUUGAGUGUGUAUUUAAAGUGACCGGUAGAGGAAGAAUUGGUGCUGAUGGAUUGGCAGUGUGGUAUACAACACAGAAGAGCCAAGAAGGAACAGUAUAUGGUAGUAUAGAUAUGUGGAAUGGACUAGGUGUCUUCAUGGACUCAUUUGAUAAUGAUGGACAGCACAACAAUCCUUAUGUAAUGGCUAUGGUGAAUGAUGGAACUAAACAGUAUGAUCAUCAAAGUGAUGGUUCUCAGCAACAGCUUGGAGGAUGUAUGAGAGAUUUCAGAAACAAGCCCUACCCUGUCAGAGUUAAAGUGGAAUACUACAACAGAAUAUUGACUGUAUUUAUCAACACUGGUCUGACUAAUAACAAAGAUGAUUUUGAGUUAUGUUUACGUCAAGAGAAUGUAGAUUUACCUAAAGGUGGAUAUUUUGGAAUAUCUGCUGCUACAGGUGGACUCGCUGAUGACCAUGAUGUGGUUGCAUUCUUAACCCAUUCUCUACAUGAUGCUGAUCAACUGGCAGCAAAGACACAAGUUUCUGAACAAGAAAGACAGAAAUAUGAGAACGAGUUUGAUACCUAUUAUAAAGAAUUAGAAAAAAAUAAACAAGAGUAUAAAGAGCAACAUCCAGAUCAAGUUCGCCAAGAUUAUGAAGGAGAGUUUGAUAAUCAGGGUGAGAGAGAAUUAAGGAUGAUAUUUGAAGGACAGAAUUCUAUCCACCAUGCUGUUAAAGAACUGAGAAAAACAUUAGACGAGUUAUUAGGUAGACAGGAAAUGGUUCUUACAAGAGUGAGUCAGUUGUCAACAGGUGGCGCUGUACAAGCUCCACAAGGUGGUGCUCAACAGCAGAUGGGAGGAGGAGGAGUUCCACUGUUAGAUACUAUAAAAAGACAUGAAGUAGAUAGAGUUAUGAAUAAUCAAAAUGAUUUAAUACAGAGUGCUAGAGAAAUGAGAACAUUAUUAAACGAUAUACAAAAUAGAGCCAACGUUAUACAACAGAACAUGGGCCAGGGCGGAGGAGCUGGGGGCGGGGGUGGUGGCAUCCCACAUCAUACACAACAAGCUAUAUCAGAGUUACAGGAACAUAUGAAAUAUGUCAGACAAGAUGUAGUUAAUUUAGUUAAUAGACCACAGGCAGCUGGAGGUGUCGCCUGUCCACCACCAUUAGCAGUGUCCUGUAUAACACCAACAUUAUUUUUUGUUUCAAUAAUAGCACAAUUUGUAUUAUUAAUAGCAUAUAUGGUUUAUCGGUCAAAUAAAGAAGCACAGGCAAAGAAGUUUUAUUAGGAGAUAUUGUUAUUUAUAUUGGUAUGAAUGUGAAGAUGAAUGAGAGAAAAUAUGUGAUGAAGUUCAAGAUCAUGACAGAUAUUUUAUGAAGUUCAAGAUCACAAUUUUUAAAGUGCUCAGGGUCUCUUAUAUGGAGCAUUAAUAGAUAUUUACUACUUGGUUGAUUAUUAAACUUGAUUCUUAUCGAUAAAACUGAGGAAAUAUUUAGACAAAAAGAAGAUCUGAUUUUUUAUAGGUCUUUUUCAAAAGUGUUUUAACAGAAAAACAGACAAAUGAAUGCACUUUUUGUAAACUCAUAAACUCAUAAAUGAUUUCAAUUAUGUAAUGUUGACAAGAUAAUUAUAUAUAUAUAAACCAAUACUAUUUUUUUAUGCAAAUGAACUUUGUUUAUAUCAAUCACAUUUUCGUGUCUGUAGUGAAAUAGUGCUUGGUUUUGCAUGUUAUAGGGAUUUCUAGAUAAGAAAAAAAUUUUCUCAUUUAAAACCAAUAUUUUGAUCAUUUAAAAAAAAAAUUAUACUUCUCAUGAGAAAAAUUUUCUGUUACUUAAGAAUGUACAAAAGUGCUUUUGAGGCAUAUUUGAUGCGGUUGAAAACAAUAUUUUUUUCUUGUUUUAUGGCAAAAUGUACAUUAAAUAUCAAUCUUGAUGACAUUCCCAUAUAUUAACAUUCCCUUUGACUUAGCUGUUAAAAAGAUGGAUUUCAACAUUUAUCUUCCAGAAUGGUGUAUUUUUCUUUUUAGAAAUAUUAUACAAUGUCUGGAUGAACUAGGAAUUUGAAAUACAUGUACCAUCUUUUUGGAAAAAUUACAGCCUCACGUCUACAAAAAUAUCAUUUCAGAUAGUGUCACUUUCAAGCAAUAAAUUACCAUUAUGUUAAAAGACUCUUUGGAGAACACUGUAAAUAUUGGUAAUCCUUUUAGAAAGAAAAAAAAUCUUAAUCCUUUAAUAAGAUUUAUGAAAAUAUGCAUGAACUGACUAGAGCUUUUAGAUGUGCUAGGUAAAAUCAUCUUGAUUUGAUGAGUUGAUAUUCACAUUUAAAACAUCAAUGUAGAAAUUUAGCUGAUUUUUUGUAAGUUUAUAUAUUGGAGAGUCACAAAUCAAAAACUGAUUUUAUAUUGUUAAUUCAAGAAACUCUUAAGGCUGCAUCAAAUUGUUUGAUAUAUAAUUAUAUUACUUAUAUUAUUUAAGUUUGAAUUUUAAAUAGAAAUUGACAGUUAAAUAAAGAUAUCUGUUCAGCUUUUACAGUUAAAUAAAGAUAUCUGUUCAGCUUUUACAGUUAAAGAAAGAUAUUUUUUUAGCAUUAGCUGAUGCAAGAUUGAAGAUUUAGUUAAUUUUUAAUUUAGAUCAAGUUGACAAAAAAAAUUGAAAAUAUGAAUGAAAUAUGUCACAAAUAGAUGAAGAAAAAUAUACCCCAUAGAAUUUUUAUGCCAUUAAUUUUAUGAAUGUUGAUGUUUUCAUAAGGACUUGUUGUUGUUAACGAAUUUUGUUGUCAAGAACAUGGUGCUAAUCACGGUAAAGAAGAUGCUUGAGUAGAACUAUAAAUUUUAUAAAACAAAUUAGAAUAGAUGUAGAUUUUUGUAUAUCUUGAUUCAAGAUCAGCAUUAUGUUUUCAAGCAAUCUGCUUAAAAUACAGAUCCUGCUUCCAAUCUAUGCUUACAAGGAUCUGAAAAUGCUCCAUUCUACAUUAUGUUUUAACGACCUUUCCGGAUCCUCUGGUUUUGUUGGAAUGAUACAGCACCUUCAAAAAUUUGAAGGCUGAAAUUUCAUUGGCUGAUGUAACUAUUUCCAGAACGGAAAAUAAAAUGGAGUGUUGUCAGAUCCUAAUAAGCAAAGAUUGGACACAGGAUAUGUUUUUUAUUCAGAUUGGUUUUCAAGUUAAUACAGGUAGCAAAAUCAUUGUUACAUCAUAGCUAUUUACUCUUUCUCUAUGUGAAAGAUAAAUGACUAUCUUUUGUAACUAUAUGAUACAGCUGUGUAGUUUACAGAUGAUAUUUAUAAAUUUUAAUAUGUUUUGUGUGAUAUAGAGUAAAAUGAUGUUUGUUUACAUAUCUGGGUAUAUCUCUAAACCCUUUGAUAAAAAUUACCUCUUUCUUGCUAGUUAUUCCUAAUGAGAAAAAAAAUUAUAAGAAUUCAAAUGUUUAUAAUUAGCUCAAAAGCUUAUCAAUUUCACAGCUGUAUAGAAUUUAAACUUGGAACCUAAGUAAAAAAGUAGUUAUGCCCCAAAAUUGUCAUUUUGGUCUGCAAUAUCAACAACUUCAAUAUAUAUUUUAUUUUCAUUGAAAUAGAAUUUUAAUUGGCUUUAUGUUUGUAUCAUUCUUAUCAUUACCAUGUUCAGUUCUAAAUCUUAUUUGGUGCAAUAUAUUUCUAUCAGUGCUUCUUGCAGUUUUAGACUGAAAUGUAUAUUUUCUGAGUGGUCUUGCCUUGUUUAACUUAAUGGUGCAAUCAGUUAUAAAGCAUUUUCAAUUUUAGUCAGGUUGGCAAUUUAUUUUAUUUUUGUUCUUUUUCAAAUUCGUUUUUCUUUUCUGUUGGUUCUGAAAUGUAUAAUCCUGUAUAUUUUGUAAUUUGCUAAAAUUUGAAUAGCUUAUUUUAUAGAUAUAAAAAGGCUAGUUAAUAGAUUAAUUUAAUGUUUAUAAAGUUCUAUAAAUACAUUAUAGUGUAACCAUUGUAGCAAUUAUGUAGGUGAAAUAAAUUUAGUCGAUCUGAUUAUGAUUAGAAAUCUCUAUGUAGUUUUUAGUAAUAAAUAUCAUUUAGAAUUCUGGGGAUCAAACUAUUAAGCAAAAUAAUUUCAAAUCCCCAGGACCCACCAAUUAUUGAAAAUUUAUAAACUUUGCUCAAAAUACCCCACCUUCAAUGCCAAAUUUAGAUAAAUUAAGUGCAAGUCCGACGAAUGUACAAUGAAGCCUUUUACUAUUAUAUUGUAUUCAUUCAGAAUU